AAGGAGUUGCAACAGUAUCUAGCUAACCUGGCUGAACAGUGCAGUGCUGAUAAUAAUGGUGUAGAGCUUCCUGUUGUAAUAAUUCUUGAUAAUCUUCAUCAUGUAGGCUCUCUGAGUGAUAUCUUCAAUGGUUUUCUCAACUGUAAAUACAACAAAUGUCCAUAUAUUAUUGGAACAAUGAAUCAGGGAGUUUCUUCAUCACCAAAUCUAGAGCUGCAUCACAAUUUCAGGUGGGUGCUAUGUGCAAACCACAGAGAACCAGUGAAAGGGUUUUUAGGCAGAUAUCUUCGAAGGAAAUUGAUAGAGAUAGAAAUUGAAAGGAAUAUACGCAAUAAUGACUUAGUCAAAAUUAUAGAUUGGAUUCCUAAGACAUGGCAUCAUCUCAACAGUUUUCUGGAAACACACAGUUCUUCUGAUGUUACCAUUGGUCCCCGACUUUUCCUUCCUUGCCCUAUGGAUGUAGAAGCUUCUAGAGUAUGGUUCAUGGAUCUCUGGAACUAUUCUUUGGUUCCUUACAUUCUGGAAGCAGUGAGAGAAGGUCUUCAGAUGUAUGGGAAGCGGGCACCUUGGGAAGACCCCUCAAAGUGGGUGCUUGACACAUACCCAUGGAGCUCAGCAUCCCUGCCUCAGGACAGUCCAGCACUACUUCAGCUGCGACCAGAAGAUGUUGGGUAUGAGGGCUGCAUAUCCACAAAGGAAGCCACAACCUCAAAGCACAUUCCACAGAGUGACACGGAAGGGGAUCCUCUGAUGAAUAUGCUAAUGAAACUCCAAGAAGCAGCCAAUUACUCGGGCACACAAAGCUGUGACAGCGAUAGCACCAGCCACCAAGAAGACAUUUUAGAUUCAUCUCUCGAAUCAACUCUCUAGAGGGUGAAGAAAGUUGGGGGAAAAGACUAAUGCUUUUUCAAAAUGUUUCAAAAGUAAAGUAUUUUCACUAAACCACUGCCAGUAUGAAAGCACCCUGUCAGGGGCCCUGACCCAGAGUUGUGGUCUCCAAGGAGGCAGCUGAACUGAGUCUGAACCGCCAAGAUGCUAAAUUGAAAUGGGAGCUUAACUUUAUUUUGUUUCUAGGCGUUUUUAUACCCGUGGAGUGAUGUGCGGCUCCACCGCUCCACUGGAAAGGACCCUAAUGACAGGGCACCCGAAUGGAUUGCACAUGGGAUAGCCAAACUGGACUUUGUUUUUCUCCUCUUUAAAAGUUUACAGUGCAGACCUUUUUUUGUCCCCUCCUUUCGUUUCCCCCGAGGGGCUGUCGUCCCCAGGCAGGGCCCCUUCUCCGUCCAACCUCCUGUGUGCCACAUGGUGCUGGUCCCGGGGCUCAGGUAGUGUUCGUGUGGUGUGCUCACCCCAUUCCAAAAGGCAGCCGAGAGGCCAGCCCUCCAUCAGCACAAAGGGAAUCGUGCUACCGCCGGGAAAACACUACUGAGGCAAGCUGGAAACGUGCCAACGUGAUUCCUAACGGCCACGUUCACAUGAUGUGCUCCGCCAACUUUUCCGUGUAUGAGUCACAGGUUUUAUAAGGUUGUUUUUACCACAGUGGUCUUUUUAAACCACCUGCCCACUCCCUUAACCAGAGUUUUAUACCAAUUAUUAGUCAACACUGACAAAAGGCUUUUUAGGGCUUUGUUCGUUUGAGCCUUUUCAGUGAAAGAAGGAACAUUUCCUAUGGUGCUGUCUCACUGCCUUAAAACAGAUUUCUACAACAGUUUAACAGCUGGUUUAAACCCUAAACCACUGGUAAUUUCCACUGUCUUUUCAUUUACAACCUAGCAACACCAGUUAACACAGUAGCCUCAUCUCUAGAGAUCUUCUU